CGGGACUAACAACAUCUCGUCGGCUUAGUGUGUACGGCUGCUGUGAGUGGCGGGAGAGCAGGCGAGUGUGCUUGUUGAAAAAAAGUAAAAAUCUCAAAAAUACGUCGACAAAUUAUUGAAAGAUUAACGACACUUCACUCCGAAAUCCAUUCAUGAUGUUGAGGAGAACGCUAGUAACAGCGGCCGUGUCUGGGCUCCUGUUUGCUCUGUGCGCGGUGUCCUUCCCUCAGUAUGCUCCUGAGGCUCCACCACAGGUGUACGACUUCAAGUGCGAGGCCACGGAGAACGACCCCGACGCGGACUGCAUCUUCGGAGUGGCCGGGCAGGACUACCCGACCCUCCACCAGGUUCCCACGACCUCCUUCCAGUGCCAGAGCCUCCUGCCGGGGAUCUACGCUGACCCUGAUGCCGCGUGCCAGGUCUACCACAUGUGCCUCCACGAUGGCAAGCUUCACUCCUUCCUGUGUCCGAAUGGCACCGUCUUCAACCAGGAGUAUUUCAUCUGUGAUCUGUGGUUCAACGUGGACUGUGCUCGAGCGAAGGACUUCUAUUCCCUCAAUGAAUACAUCUACAAGGACCCUGAACCCAAGGAAGCCAAGAUUAGUUAUGUGUAAGGAUGCUUCACUCGUUCUGACUCUCCGAAGCCGACGAAUCAUUUUCGAAAAGAGCCGAGUCGGAUCUCCAAGCGUUUGAGUAAAUGAUUAUUUUAUAUAUUGUGUAUGUAUGUAUUGUAUGUUUCUUUUAUAUAUAUAUAUAUGCCAUUUUAUCUUUUACUGUACGAUUUAUUUUUAGUUUUUCUCUUUUCUUUUCUUUUCGGUUUUGUGGAUAUACUUUUCCUGUUGUUUUACGGAGAGAGAGAAUGUCACCAUAAAUCUUUAAAUUUCCUAUUUAGCUAUAAUUUGUCAUCUCACUUAUCAUGCAAUAUAUAGCGUAUCAAAUUACCUUUAUAUUCUCUAUCGAGUUAGCAAAUAAUCAAAAUGCUAAUUAUCAACCAAGAAAUAAUACAUAUAAUAUAGAUAGACAAUAACAUUCCGUUCUUGUGAUAGGCUCGUAUUCGUAUGUUAAAUCCCCGAUUCCGUGAUUCUCUUUAUAAGAAAAUGAACAUCGAACUUGAAAGUAAUAUUUGUUCACGAAAAUGUCGGUUAUUCGUUGCUGAACGAAUGCUGCUUCUUUGCUGUGCCAAGAAAAGUUUUGCUAAAGGUCAGUGCGCAUAAAAAUUGAAUUCAUUUAUUAGAAUAUUGCGUGUACUAUCAUUGCCAUCAUCAUUAUUACUUGUAGUAUAAUUAUGUUAUUUCUAUGAUUAUUAUUAUUAUCAUUAUCAUUAUUAUCAUAUUAGUGUU